AUGUCGGAGAAGGUACCGGAAGAAGGGGCCAGAAAGCGGUACAUAUCCAAUGUUAAGUACGAGUACAACGUUCUGAUAACUGAGAAAAACGAAGGGAUAACAUCACAACAUAACUGGCAUUGCCUGACCAGGUUGAAAAAACGAAACCGUACUCGCGAAAACAACUCCGUGAAGAAGGCAAGACCGCAUCAGGAAAUCCGGGUAGAUACCAGGAGCAUUGCGUCUCUCAACACGAAAAGGGCAGUUGUGAAUUGUUGAGAAGCAGAGUUCGGGAGAGUGUCUGUCGUGUUCGUUUUCUUUUCCUUUCUUUUCCUUUAUUUGCCUUUUUCUCUAGUAGUAUCAUAGCUGGCGGCGACGGGUCGUUAUGGCAUUGAGGUUAAGAUCGAUAGUUGGCUGCGUAAUUUUCAUCCGAAGAAGAGGAGGUAAAGAGAAAAUGUGCUAGUCGCAAGUAAAGCAGC